AUGGUGUCCUGUCCGAUUUGCAGCAAGUCUGUUCCACAAUUAAAGAUCAACGAUCACAUCGAUUCCGAUUGUCAGAGCUUCUUGGAAGACCCAUCGUCCUCUCCCGGAGAUCAGCCCUCCCAAAAAGGGCCAGUUCCCAGCAUUUUUCAACCGCCCUCUGCUCGGAAAGCAUCUUCUCAACCCAAUGUCCCCAAAGAAUCCCCCUCACGCUCCACCGUACCGACACCGCGCCCUCUGAAUGGCAAACGAUCGUUUAUGCAAGAGACACCGCCGAGAGAUAAGGAUACAUCAACGCAAUCAAAUGGAAACGGUACCGAACCGCAAGCUAAGCGCCCGAAGGUGAACGCUUUCUACAAAGCAGCUCCACUUGCUGAGCGGAUGCGACCUAAAACCCUGGAAGAAGUUUGCGGUCAGGAGCUGGUUGGGGAGAAUGGCAUUCUUCGGGGACUCAUCGAGCAGGACCGAGUUCCUAGCAUGAUCUUGUGGGGAGGUGCUGGAACAGGAAAGACCACUAUCGCUCGGGUGAUUGCUUCACUAGUCGGGAGUCGCUUUGUCGAGAUUAACAGCACAAGUAGUGGCGUUGCGGAGUGCAAGAAGAUCUUCUCCGAAGCUCGUAGCGAACUGGGUCUGACAGGUCGGAAAACCAUCAUCUUCUGUGACGAAAUUCACAGGUUUUCGAGGAGUCAGCAAGAUUGCUUCCUUCCGGGGGUUGAGUCCGGACAGGUGACUUUGAUCGGUGCGACCACCGAAAACCCAUCCUUCAAGCUUCAAAAUGCACUCCUUUCUCGCUGUAGGACAUUCACCCUAGCCAAACUUACCGACGAGAAUGUUGAGGCAAUUUUGAAACGCGCAUUGAAGGUCGAAGGCCCAAAUUACAACCCUACAGAGCUGGUAGAUGACGAACUCAUUCGCUAUCUGGCCCGAUUUGCUGAUGGGGAUGCCCGAACUUCCCUCAACCUUCUAGAACUUGCCAUGGAUAUUUCCAAGCGACAAGGAAUGACAAAGGAAGAUCUCAAGGGCUCUCUAACUAAGACGCUUGUCUAUGACCGGGCCGGGGAUCAACAUUAUGAUACGAUAUCCGCUUUCCACAAAUCUAUCCGGGGAAGUGAUCCAGAUGCGGCUUUAUACUACCUGGCACGUAUGAUCCAAUCUGGAGAGGAUCCCCUUUACAUUGCUCGACGUCUCAUCGUCGUGGCAUCGGAGGAUAUCGGUCUUGCGGAUAACACCAUGUUGACUCUAGCCACUUCGACACAUGCCGCCGUGGAGAAGAUCGGUCUACCAGAGGCACGUAUCAAUCUUGCACAUGCGACUGUUGCUAUGGCACUUUCAAAGAAGAGCACUCGGGCUUAUAGAGCAUUAAACAAUGCCUUUGCUGCUCUCGGCGAGCCAGGUGUAGCAGGACUGCCAAUUCCAAUUCACCUGAGAAACGCCCCCACAAAGCUAAUGAAGGAGCUCGGCUAUGGGAAGGAGUACAAGUACAACCCUCAUUACGUUGACGGUCAGGUGGAACAGGACUACUUACCUGAAAAGAUCCUUGGGCGAACUUUCUUGGAGGAUUUGGACCUGGGCACGCGACGAGACCCUGGUCGAUGGUCUAUGUAA